AUGGAGCGAAUCCCAAGCGCACAACCUCCUCCUCUGGCCAAGGCUGAUCUCACAGACAUGCACGGCAUGGAUUUUCCCAUGUACGCGUAUAAACCAAGGCGAGGAAUGAAGAGAGGAGAAGAGAGCAAGGAGACCUACAAGUUGCCUCAUAGACUCAUUGAGAAAAAGCGACGUGAUCGGAUAAACGAAUGCAUUGCUCAGUUAAAAGAUCUAUUGCCAGAGCACCUGAAACUUACGACUUUGGGACAUUUGGAAAAGGCUGUGGUUUUGGAGCUCACACUCAAGCAUGUGAAGACCCUCAGUACACUACUGGAGCAGCAGCAGCAGAAGAUUCUUGCCCUGCAGAGUGGCAUGCAUAUUGGUAAGUAAGAUGCAUGAGUGUUAAUCAUUGUUGAUACUAACGAAGAGAUGUUCCGCUCUGGUUUCCACAUGUGCGCCAAGGAGAUUCUUCAGUAUCUCGCCAGUCGUGAGAGCGACGGCGACUUCGCCCCGUCACAUGUCAUCAAUCACCUUCACAAGUUAGCCGCUGACGUGCUCCAAAGUCCAAAGCGACCCCGCACUCCCCUCAGCCCCCCGCCUGAGGAAAUCCCCACCUACAGCCAGCACCAAACCCACAAGGAGACACCGACCAGUUUACCCCCUAAACCCAGCGAGGGCUACGGGAGAGUGCCGGUCAUCCAGCGGGCACACGCUCCACCCAGUGGAGAGCAGAGCGGCAGUGACACUGAUACAGACAGCGGCUACGGAGGAGAACUGGAGAAGAAUGAAUGCGGUGCCCGAGAGAGGCAUCCUAAUUACUACGGCCAGGAGGGCAAGCUGAUGAAACGUAGCGCAGCUGAGAGGCAGAGCACCGACGUCAAGCGGGAAGACGACGAGCCGAGGCACAAACGAGCCCGGGCGGAGUCGUCCGAAGAUGAAAUGCUCUCAGGUGGCGAAUCCUCAGCCUCUUCCUCCAGUGGUUAUGGCAGCUAUAUGAGCGUCUCUCCCAACCAUCCGCCACCACCCCCGCAUCCUCUCUGCAUGCCCUUCUACCUCAUUCCCCCUUCAGCCGCCGCCACCUACCUGCCUAUGCUAGAGAAAUGCUGGUACCCGGGUGCCAUGCCUAUGCUGUACCCUGGCAUGGGCGGCUCUGCCACAGCCAUCCCCAGCGAGAGACCACCGCAGAUGGUCAUGUCUCCAAGGGGAGGCUCUCCAGCUCCAGCCAUGUCUCAGACACCCAUGGACUCACCAGCCCUUCUACAGGCACUAAAGCAGGUACCCCCCAUCAACCUGGAAACCAAAGACUGA